AUGACCUCAACUUUGCCAGAAAAUCAUAAUUUUAAGAUAUUUGCUGAUAAUUAUUUUUCUUCUUUGCCUUUGCUAGAUGAACUGAAAAAGCGUCGAAUAUGGUAUGUUGGAACAGCACGCCUUAACAAAUGCUCAUUGCCUUCAGAAAAAGAAUUGAAAAAGCAAGAACGUGGAUCAUUUGACUAUCGUACUGACACCAUUUCUAAUAACAUAGCUGUUAGUUGGAUAGAUAACAAGGCAGUAACUUUAUUUUCAUCUUUUGCGAGUAUUGAACCAAUCAAUACAGUGAGGCGUUAUGACAGAAAAACCCGCAAAUAUAUUAUGGUAAAGCAACCUUACAUAGUCCAGUUUUAUAAUAAAAAUAUGGAUGGAGUUGACAAACUGGAUAUGAUGUGCUCAUUCUACAAACCAAAUUUGAAAUGCCUUAGAUGGUAUGUAUAUAUAUGGGCACAUACCCUUCUUAUUGCGUUAUCAAAUGCAUGGUUUUUGUAUCGUCGGGACUUAAAAAUUAUUUGCCCCACUAAAAAACUCAUGCCUCUAAAAAAGUUUCAAGCUGCAGUAGCUUCUAGCCUGAUAGCUGUUGUAAAAAGUAAAGCUGGAAGACCAUCACUUGAUGCAAUACCUCUACCAACCAAAAGACCUGCUGCUGUUCAGAGUAAUCCUACAAAGGAUAUCCGGUUAGACGGAUUUGAUCACUUACCAACUUAUAGUGACAAACGUCAGCGAUGUAAGAAAUGCAAAACCGGUUUUUCCUAUAUCUGUUGCAAGAAGUGCAAUGUUUGGCUAUGCUUAAUUAAAGACAGAAAUUGCUUUCAUGACUACCAUUAA